GGAAAAGCCGAAAUACUAUGAUACGCUGUCGUUUGCGUUCUGUAAUAAUCUCUUCAGACUUCAAAGCCUAAAACCCUCGCUAAACCUCUCCGCCUCCUAAAAACCGCCACUAACUUGGAUAACUCCCUACGCAGUCAGAUCGAUUAUCUCCGACUGCAAUCACUGAUAAUCCUUCGUUUCGGAGGGCCUGACAUUGAUUCAUUCACACUGAAAUGGCGCCGCCAUCUAAAAAAUCUCCGUCUGCGAAACCAUCCAAACCAUCAGCACUAAAACCAUCCAAAAAGCCCUUCAAAAAAUCAAAACCUAAUAAUAACGGCGGCGGCGGCGGCGGAGGGAGAAGCAAUAAAGGGAACAUGUCCGACGACCCAAAAGAUUCACGGGCACUUGAGCUCGUUGAAGACGAUGUCCCGGAUUUCCCCAGAGGCGGUCGGAGUUCAUUGAGUAGACGUGAGCUAGGGGAUUUAAGGGCAGAGGUAGAUGCAGAAUUUGAGGCAGAGCAAAGAUUGAAGAAUAAAGGUAAAAGAAAACAGAAAAUGGAACGGAGAAGUAAAUCUGAAGAAGAUGAUUUGGGAUCCCUUUUUGGCGAUGCAUUUACUGGGAAGUUGCCGAAAUUUGCAAAUCGGAUCACUUUGAAGAAUAUUUCUCCUGGAAUGAAGCUUUGGGGUGUAAUUUCGGAGGUCAAUGAGAAAGAUCUUGUGGUUAGUCUUCCAGGGGGUUUGCGUGGAUUAGUUCGUGCGAGUGAAGCAUUUGAUCCUCUUCCUGCUGAUGGAACCAAAAAAGGGGAUUUAGAAAGUAAUUUUCUUUCUAGCAUGUAUCAUGUUGGCCAACUUGUUUCCUGCAUAGUACAACAAUUGGAAGAUGACAAGAAAGAAUCUGGGAAAAGAAGAAUUUGGCUCUCCCUUCGCCUUUCUUUACUUCACAAGGGAUAUACUUUGGAAGUUGUGCAAGAAGGAAUGGUUCUUACUGGAUAUGUGAAAAGCAUUGAAGACCAUGGUUACAUUCUCGAUUUUGGAUUGGCUUCAUUUACGGGAUUUAUGCCAAAAAUCAACAAAUCCGAGAGUAAGGGUACGGAAGUGAAAGUGGGGCAGCUCAUCCAAGGAGCUGUCAAAAGAAUUGAUAAGACUCGGAAACUUCUAUAUAUGAGUUCUGACCAGGAUUUGGUGUCAAGGAGUCUGACCAAGGAUCUUAAGGGUUUUUCCAUUGAUCUUCUCAUUCCAGGCAUGUUGGUUGAGGCUCGUGUGAGGUCCUCUCUUGAAAAUGGAGUUAUGUUAUCAUUCCUUACAUACUUCACUGGAACUGUAGACAUAUUCAACUUCAGCGAAACUUUUCCUACAUCAAAAUGGGAAGACCAUUAUGCUCCAAACAAGAAGGUCAUUGCCCGAAUAUUGUUCAUAGAUCCAUCGACGAGAGCAGUUGGAUUGACCAUGAAUCCUCAUCUAGUUCAUAACACAGCUCCACCUACACUUGUCCAAGCUGGUGAGAUCUUCGACCAAUCAAAAAUAAUCAGGAUUGACAAGGAUUUUGGCCUUUUACUUGAAGUUCCUUCUUCGCCGGCGCCAACCCCUGCAUAUGUCAGUGUUUCUGAUGUUGCAGAUAAGGAAGUCAAGAAACUUGAGAAAAAUUUUAGGGAAGGAAGUCUUGUGCGUGUUAGGAUACUUGGAUUUAGGCAUUUGGAAGGACUCGCCACUGGUAUUUUGAAGACUAGUGCUUUUGAAGGUAGCGUCUUUACUCAUUCAGAUGUGAAGCCUGGAAUGAUUGUUAAGGCAAAAGUAAUUGCAGUAAACAGUUUCGGUGCCAUCGUGCAACUUGGUAGCGGUGUGAAAGCACUUUGUCCGCUGCGGCAUAUGUCUGAGCUUGAGAUAGCAAAACCCAGAAAAAAGUUCCAGGUUGGAGCAGAAUUAGUUUUCCGUGUCCUUGGUUCCAAGUCCAAGAGGAUCACUGUUACUCAGAAAAAAACCCUUGUGAAAUCAAAGCUUGAAAUUAUUUCUUCAUAUGCUGAUGCUUCUGAAGGACUAAUGACGCAUGGAUGGAUAACAAAGAUUGAAAGCCAUGGAUGCUUUGUUCGAUUCUACAAUGGAGUACAAGGAUUUGCUCCAAGAUCUGAACUUGGGUUAGAUCCUGGAUAUGACCUAAGCUCUAUGUAUCAUGUAGAGCAGGUUGUUAAAUGUAGAGUCACUAGUUCUAAUCCUGCAAUGAGGCGUAUCACCCUCAGUUUUACUGCUAAACCAGCUAGGAUUGCCGAAGAUGAAGCAAUUCACCUUGGAAGCCUUGUAUCGGGAGUUGUUGAGCGAGUUACUCCCCAGAUGGUUGUAGUUAGCCUUGCUUCCAAAAGUCACAUCAAGGGAUCUAUCUCUCCAGAACAUUUGUCUGAUCACCAAGGUCUUGCUGCCACAAUGAAAUCUCUGUUGAAACCCGGAUACCAAUUUGAUAAGCUCUUGGUUCUUGAUAUUGAAGGAAGCAAUUUGAUACUCUCGGCUAAGCAUUCACUUAUUAAACAUGCCAGCGAUCUUCCCUCGGAUAUCUCACAAGUUCGCCUUCACUCUGUUGUGCAUGGAUAUGUCUGCAAUUUAAUUGAAACUGGUUGUUUUGUUCGCUUUGUUGGACGUUUGACUGGUUUUGCCCCAAAAAAUAAGGCUAUAGAUGACAAAACGCUCGAUCUUUCUGAAGCAUUUUUUAUUGGACAAUCAGUUCGAAGUAACAUAGUUGAUGUUAAUAGUGAAACAAACAGAAUAUCACUUUCUUUGAAGCAGUCAGUUUGCUCCUCGACAGAUGCUUCUUUCAUCCAAGAAUACUUUCUUUCGGAGGAGAAGAUAGUCAAACUGCAAUUGGAUUCUGAGAGUGGUGACUUAAGUUGGGUGGAUGAAUUUGCUAUUGGAAGUGUGGUUAAGGGAGAAGUUAGUGAAAUAAAAGAUUAUGGUGUUGUUAUCAGCUUCACGAAAUACAAAGACAUUGUUGGAUUUAUUUCCCAGUAUCACUUGAAUGGCAUCACCGUGGAGCUUGGUGCCACUGUUCAAGCUGCUGUUCUCGACGUCUCGAAAACAGAACGCCUAUUGGAUUUAUCUUUGAAGCCCGAGUUUUGCUCAAAUGCUCCAACCCAGAACAAGAAACGCAGAAGGGAAUCACACAGCGGGUUGGAUGCUAAUCAAAUUGUUCGCACACAAGUUGAGAUUGUGAAAGAGGAUUACUUGGUUUUAUCCAUACCAACACAAAAUUAUGCUUUGGGAUACGCCUCAAUUGCCGACUACAAUACACAAAGACUUCCUCAUAAACAGUUUGUGAGUGGACAAAGUGUCACCGCCACUGUUGCUGCUCUUCCAGAUUCAUCGACAGGUGAAAAGUUACUACUAUUGGUUAAGUCCAUUAACCAAGCUGGGGAGUCAUCCAGUUUGAAGCGUACAAAAAGGAAUGCUAGCUUUGAUGUUGGUUCUAUUGUUCAAGGAGAGGUUACCGAGAUUAAGCCUCUGGAACUGAGAUUAAAAUUUGGAUCUGGUUUACACGGGAGGGUACACAUAACCGAGGCUUCUGAUGAUAAUAAUGAUGAAAAUCCCUUCAGUGGCUUUAGGGUUGGGCAGAUGGUGACUGCAAGGAUUGUUUCGAAUUGUAACCGUAACAGGAACUAUCCGUGGGAAUUAUCUCUGAAGCCCUCUAAACUUUCAGGUUCUAGUGAGUUAGAAGAGGGACUUCUGGUAGAUGAUUAUGAAAUCGGUGCAAACGUUUCUGGUUUUGUAUAUAAGGUGGACAAGGAUUGGGCUUGGCUGACUGUAUCUCGAGAUGUGAAUGCGCAAUUAUAUAUUCUAGAUAGCGCAUGCGAGCCUGCUGAACUUGAAGACUUUCAGAAGCGGUUUUGUGUUGGCAAGUUUCUUUCUGGAUAUGUGAUGAAAGUAGAUAAGGAGAGAAAGUUGUUACGAUUGGUGCUACUCCCACUUCCUGUUAAUACAGAUAAAAAUCUUAGCAUAACUAAUGGCAGUUCGAGUUCGACCAGUCAUUUGAUUGAGAAUAAAGCAUCCCAUAUCAGUGAAGGUUCUAUUGUGGGUGGUAAGAUCUCUAAGAUCCUUCCAGGAGUAGGUGGUGUUCUUAUUCAAAUUGACCAGCACCUGUAUGGCAAGGUUCAUUUUACUGAAUUGACAGAGCCAUGGGUCUCCAAUCCACUCUCUGGGUAUCACGAGGGCCAAUUUGUGAAAUGCAAAGUUCUUGAAAUUAGCCAUUCUAUGAGUGGCGCUUUGUAUGUUGAUUUGUCAUUAAGGCUGACUUUGGAUGGCAACAGUCCUUUUGGUGCACGUGGUGAGAAGAUUGAAGAUCUUAAGCCGGAUAUGGUUGUAAAAGGCUAUGUGAAGAAUGUUACUCCUAGAGGAUGCUUUAUCAUGAUAUCACGCAAGUUUGAUGCAAAAAUUCUCUUGUCAAACUUAUCUGAUGGCUACAUUGAGAAUCCACAAACCGAAUUUCCAGUUGGUACACUUGUAACUGGCAGGGUUUUAUCAGUGGAACCAUUAUCCAAGCGCGUAGAAGUUACGCUCAAGACUUCGAAUGUAGUUAAUGAUUCUAAGUCCGACAUAAAUGCAUUAGAUAAUAUUGCUAUCGGAGAUGUCCUUUCUGGAAGAAUUAAACGCAUCGAGUCUUAUGGUUUUUUUGUCAGCAUUGAUCACACAAAUCUGGUUGGGUUGUGUCACGUGUCGGAGCUUUCUGAUGACCAUAUAGACAACAUUGAAGCCAAAUACAAAACUGGGGAGAGAGUCACGGCGAAAGUUUUAAAGGUGGAUAAGGAUAAAAGCCGCAUUUCUCUUGGGAUGAAGAGUUCAUAUUUUAAAAGUGAUACCAAUGAUCAAAAACUUUCAGAACAGGGACCUGGUGAUGCAGUUCCAGAGAAUCAUCAUGUGUUUGAAGACACUGAGUUGAUGCUCUUGCCAGAGAUAGCUGAUUUUAGUUUUCCUUCAGUAAAUGGUACACAUGUCGCUCAUGACGAACUGGAAUCUAGGGCUUCAAUUCGCCCGCUGGAAGUGCCUUUGGAUGAUAUAGAGGACUCUGAUACAGAUAAUGUAGCUACUCAAGUUGUGGAGCUUGUUGAUGAUGCAGAUACUAUUGAUGAAAAGAGCAGGAAACGUCCCAAAAAGAAAGCAAAACUAGAGAGGGAACAAGAAAUUGAAGCUGCGGAAAAUAGACUUAAGGAAAAAAAAGAGCCAGAAAAUGCUGAUGAUUUUGAGAAGCUUAUUAGGAGUUCCCCUAAUAGCAGCUUUGCAUGGAUGAAGUACAUGUCGCAUAUGCUGAAAUUGGCUGAUGUUGAAAAGGCUCGUGCUAUUGCUGAGAGGGCUUUGAGGACUAUUAACAUUCGAGAGGAAUCUGAGAAGCUGAACAUAUGGGUUGCAUACUUUAAUUUGGAGAGUAAAUAUGGAAAUCCUCCUGAGGAAGCUGUUGUCAAAUUAUUUCAUAGAGCAUUGCAGUACUGCGAUCCAAAGAAAUUGCACAUGGCAUUACUAGGAGUGUAUGAAAGGAACGGACAACAAAAGUUAGCUGAUGAGCUUCUUGGCAAAAUGAUUAAGAAAUUCAAACAAUCACGGCAUGUUUGGCUUGAGCGCGUUAAAAGAGUAUUGCAGCAGAACCAUGAUGAAUUAGACAAGAAUGUAACUAGAGCUCUUUUGUGUCUACCUCAGCAUAAGCGAAUUAGAUUCAUCUCUGACACUGCUAUUCAUGCUUUCAAGUCUGGGUUCCCGGAUAAAGGGAGAACUUUGUUCGAGGGUAUGCUACGAGAAUAUCCGAGCAGGAUUGACUUGUGGAACAUCUAUCUUGAUCAAGAGAUCAUACUGGGUGAGGUUGAUGUUAUUCGCUCAUUAUUUGAUAGGGCGACUAGUUUAAGCCUGAAACCAAGAAAGAUUAAGUCUUUAUUUGGAAAGUAUCUGGAUUAUGAAAGUAAUCGCGACAAUGCUGAACCUGAAAGAAUUAGGUAUGUAAAAGAUAAAGCUAUGGAGUAUGCUAAAAGCCUGCAAGCUUGAUGAUCCAAUCUACCAUCCUGGUUUUGAUGGUGGCUCACAUGUUUUGGGAAACGCCCCACUCGUUGUUCAAGCAAAAGUCAGAGAGAGCAUUCCACUGUCCAUGGCAAAUCUCCUUCCUGGGAACUUGGAAGGUUUCGAUUGUUGAAAUUUUGGGGUUGUACUGCUUGGAUGACCAUGGUAAACGUUGAGUUUAUGUUUCCGGGAUGAAAAUUUUGGCCAAUCGGAUGUUUAGCAUCCAUAGGAUAGGGAAUACCAAAGGGACAUCCUUGUAACUGCCUGACACAUUUGUCUUAUAGUAAGUUAUAAAGGGCAUGCAAUUUUGAGUAAUGAGACAAGUACUUGGAUCUGCUUCUUUUCUAUUUUUACCCUUUGCUUGUCGAAACCUUAUUGUUCAAUCGUUUCUGAAUAACUUGGCUUUGGAGCCUUCAUAUUUUCAGAAACGAUAUGGAUACAAAAAUCAAAGAUAAAUUGUAAGGCAGCAAUGCUUCCGUAUAGCUAAAUAUAUCUACAACAGAAGCUCAAUUGCAUAACUAAAGAACUAACACCGGAAGCUACUGGAGUAACAAAUUUGGUAAUUCGGUUCUAAUUGUCAUCCGAAAUUCUUAUUACAGGAGGGAAUUCGUGUGUUUUGAUCGUCAUCAC